AUGUCAGCCGGCCUCUUCCCGGCCCACCGGUGCCCGGAUCUGCUCCAUGGCACAGCCCAGCCGCUCCCCUGCCCGGAGCGGCUGCUGAGCGCCUCAGUGCUGGGCUUCGUGGCCGACAUCUCACUGGGAGCCCCCCAGAGCUCAUCCCAGGCCGGGCCGAGCCUGGGGCUAACUCCUGAGCCUCCCUUUGGGGACAGAGCCCUAUCGCUGCGGGAGGGGAUGGCCCGGGGACUGCCUUUGACUGCCUUCGGAGACGGGGAUCUCGAAGACGAGGAAGAAGAGGAGGAAGAGGAGAGGAUGCGGAGCUCUUCCCUACUGGACAGACCCAGGAGAAAGCGGGUUAUCACCUACGCCCAGCGCCAGGCAGCCAACAUCCGGGAGAGGAAAAGGAUGUUUAACCUCAAUGAGGCAUUCGACCAGCUGAGGAAGAAGGUUCCCACCUUCGCCUAUGAGAAACGACUCUCCCGAAUAGAGACCUUGCGCCUCGCCAUAGUGUACAUUUCCUUCAUGACCGAGCUCCUGAACGGCUGCAGCAGGCAGGAGGCGAGCUAG